AUGCAGGUGGACUGGAAGGCGUUGGUGCAAGGGCAGCAAUUCAAGCCGAAAUCCUCUACCCUUCCAUACACUCGAUACUUUGCUGAAUCAUUAGUCAAAGAAGCUGAGACAGACAACAAGAUAGUAGCUAUUCAUGCUGAAAUGGGUGGUGGGACUGGUCCCAACUAUUUCCAGAAGAAGUUCCCAAUUGAUGCUUUGACGUGGGGAUCACUGAGCAACAUGUUGUCACCUUUGCAGCUGGGUUACUUGGUGAAGGUAGUAAAUGAUGUGGAUCUCCAGAAGCUACUGGGCUGGUUCGCUAUGGACAGAGCUGGUUUGUUUGAGGUGGAUUGGCCAUAUCUCUGUGGUGCAUUCUACAUUGCCUACAUGAUCUGUUUGCCAAACAUGGUGGUUAUAGCACCAUCGGAGGAAGCUGAGUUGAUGCACAUGGUUAAAACAGCUGCAACCAUGGUCGAUAGGGUGAGCUGCUUUAGGUUUCCAGCGGGGAACAUACUUGCAGUAGUUCUCCUACCCAACAACUAA